AUGCAAAGCAACAAACCGCAGUUUCUCCACCAUCUGCGGAGGACACAAGCCAACGCAGCGCUGUCAGCGAAACGCCGGGCGCCGUUUCGCGGUCAGGGCAGAGCCCGAAGCCCCGAGUUUCGGCCUGCCCGGCGCAGCGCCCGCAGCCAAAGCCUGUUCUUCCCGGAGGACACAAGCCAACGCAGCGCUGUCAGCGAAACGCCGGGCGCCGUUUCGCGGUCAGGGCAGAGCCCGAAGCCCCGAGUUUCGGCCUGCCCGGCGCAGCGCCCGCAGCCAAAGCCUGUUCUUCCCGAGAAGCCACCGCCUCCUGCUCGGGUAGCGCCAGCGCAGCCCGCAGGCAGAGGACAUAUUGCAAUAAGAUAUUAUAGUGUGCUUUUUUCUCAUUGUUUUUUCCUUUCUCUAUCAGUGAGGAGUGAAUGUUACCCUUUGAUAAACCCCUUCUGGCAUGAGAAUGCAAACAUCACUGAUUCACACAGACAGCUUUUGUACAUGCACGGAACAUUUGUCAUCCUGAUGCCCCUCAGCCUGAUAUUGAUGAUUUUUGGAGGAAUGACUGGAUUCAUCAGCAUUCUUGCCAGGGCCUACCUGCUGCUUCUAAUGACGGGAUUACUUUUUCUUUUUGGAGCUCUUGUUACACUUACUGGGAUCAGUGUCUAUAUUGCAUAUUCAGCUGCUGCCUUCGAAGAAGCUGUCUGCCUCCUGAGGAGUAAGGAUCUCCUGGUAGAAAUUGACAUCAGGUUUGGCUGGUCACUGGCACUAGUCUGGAUCUCCUUUGUCGCAGAAGCGCUCACCGGGGCUGUGUUUCUCCUGGCAGCAAGAGUUGUGGGUCUGAAACAGCGACGUGAACAGGCGUUAUGA